AAACAUCUUAGAUUCAUGAGAAGCUUCUCUUUGCUGUGACAUGUUCUUAUUUGUAAGGAAUUAUGUUAUCACAACCUGACCUUGGAGUUGGAAGUUAGCCAACAGGAUGAGAAAUAAACAUGACAGGAGCUUAUCACUAUCCCCAGUAAUAUAGAUUAUAGACAGGAAAAUUAGUAAAUAUACGUUGGAGUUGAAACUAUACUGUCAUGCCUAUAUGUCGUUCUGUCAUAUCAACACAGCCCUACAGUGGUGGAUUUGGUCCAACCAGAUUUGACAAGAUUGUGAUAACAAUACAGCUACCCUCCUUCCUGUGCUGUCAGCUUUGUCAAUCUAUCCAAGAUUAGUGAAGUUAUCAGGUCAUUAUCGUUUUUUUCACACUCUGGCUUUUACCUUUUUUUAACUUCAAUAAGAAUCCAAGGCUGUAUCUGUUAGGCAUCCAUGCAAGUCUUGCUUAUACUAAAGAGAAGGAAAGGCAACGGGGGAGAGAAGAAAGGAAAGCCGUCUUUUAAGGUUCGCCAUUCAAGAGUAGAGAAAUGCAAGGAAAAAGGAGCAACCUCUUUUUUUCUAAUAUUCUGUUCUCUGUAAAACCUCUCUCGGCCAAAGCACUAGUAAACCCUACCCUUCGGGGUACCCUAUCCCCGCCCUAACCCCACCCCCCUCCAAUGAAUCGACGGCAUUGUUUUUCCAUGGUGUAAAGGACUUUCAACCAGAUGAUCCCCAAAAAAAAAAGCACAUUCUUAUCCCUCUUUGCUCUCUAUUUCCUUAAUAAACAUCCCCGGCCACCAGGAAAAAUUGUUUCCUUCAUUUCUUAAUUCUGAGAGGAGGUAAACUAAUUUCUAGCAAGACUCAAAGUUCUUUUCUUAUUCUUAAGCGAAAAGGAAAGACAGAAAUAUCUGUAGCUAGUUUUUGAGAGUUUUAAAUGAUGGAACUCGUUGGAAACAUAGAUGGGGUUGGUGCAAAGAGCGAAGUUGGAUCGUCUUCAAUGUCUAAAGGUGGUGAUGAGGGUAGUGAAUUCCAGCUAAAGAAGGGGCCAUGGUCAGAAGAAGAAGAUGCCAUGCUAAUAGAGCACGUGAAUAAAUAUGGAGAAAGGAACUGGAACGCGGUGCAUAAACUCUCUGGGCUGCCUCGAUGUGGCAAGAGUUGCCGAGUGCGAUGGACUACACACCUCAGGCCUGAUGCCAAGGAAGGUGCCUUCUCUGCUGAAGAGGAUAGGAUCAUUGAUGAGUUGGAUUCACAGAUUUCAGCAUCUAAUGAUGAUGAGGGUGGUGGAGGUGAGCUGAAGAAGGGGCCAUGGACGGCUGCAGAAGAUGCCAUACUAAUAGAGUACGUGAACAAACAUGGGGAAGGGAACUGGAAUGCUCUGCAGAAACGUUCUGUGCUGGCUCGGUGUGGCAAGAGUUGUCGGCUACGAUGGACUAACCAUCUCAGACCUAAUCUUAAGAAAGGGAACUUCUCUGCUGAAGAGGAGAGGAUCAUUGUUGAGUUGCAUGCCCAGUUUGGCAACAAAUGGGCUCGGAUGGCUGCUAGGCUUCCUGGACGAACAGACAAUGAUAUCAAGAAUUUUUGGAACACAAGAACAAAGAGACUCCUGCGGCAUCGCCUCCCUCUUUAUCCACCAGAAAUCCUGCCCCUAAAUCCACCAAGUCCUCAGCACGACAACAACGAUAAUGACAACAAAAAAUCCCACUCUCUACCUUCCACCCCAACCUCCUCUUUCACUUUCCCGACCACCCAACUCUUAUCCCCAACAACUCCGACUAAUCCACAAAAUAAUCUCACAUCCCCUGCCCGUGCCUUUACCCCU